UAGCAAAUUAUGCAAUUGAAAACGUCUCAACAGACCGCCAAAUAAAACACUAAAAUGCAUUCUGAUUGGGGCAAUUCUGAUGAACUUUCAGCUUUACAUCACCUGCACUAAACUGGCUCAAAACUCUCAAGGUGACAUUUGACAACCCACCAGCUUCAUUUCUGCCAUUGACUUCAACGCUCUUAGCACCGGUCCACUCAAGCAAGAAAAAUUCUCUCAAACUCCUAAUAUAACUCAAGUCCAGUGUUAAUCGCCCAAGGUCCCUAAUUACCAGUGCCACGAUAUAAAAAAGCCGCCAAGAUAGUUUUACCUAAUUCAAACACCUUGCCAAAAGAUGUGGUAUCUUCCAGAGGCGAAUUCAACUCUCCAGCGUUCCCUAUCCUCACGAACAACUGCAAUUGUCAUCAUCGAAACAUUCGUUGAUACUUUCAUCUCAUUUAUGGCUCUCUUGGGCAACAGUACAGUUCUUUUUAUCCUUUACAAGAACCGAGCUUUACGGACAAUACCGAACUACUUUGUCGCAGCACUCGCUGUUUCUGAUGUUGCUUUUGCUAUUCUAAUAACACCAUGGUCUAUAACAGUACUUGCUAUAGGGUACUGGCCGUUCAGUUUUGCUGCCUGCCAAUUCCAGGGUUUUAUGAGUAUCUUUCUAGCAUGCUUUUCGCUUAUUUGUUUGGCUAUCACGGCCGUGAACCGCUACUUUGGAAUAGUACGUAACAACCUGCAUAGAAAGUACUUUACUGCCUCCAGAACAAGAUGGUAUAUCUUUGUUGCAAUCGUUCUCGGGGUGUUCGCUGCUUCUCCCUCGCUAAUGGCGGGUUAUACUUAUCAAUUCCAACCAGGAAAAUACUUCUGCUACCAAAAACAAGUCAUUUGGCUAACGAUGUAUUURAUGAUCAUCUUCGUUGGAAUUCCAACGACUGUCAUCAUUAUUUGCUACUCUAAAGUCUUCCUCGCCAUCCGUAAACACCAAAAAAACUUCAUGAACAACUACAAAAAGAGAAGCGCAGGAGAAAAGAGAAUCACAGUCGAAGAUAUCAAAGUAACCAAGACUUUGUUUGCGACUGUCGUUGGAUUUCUUCUAUGUUGGAUGCCAGUUUUUUGCAUCGAGUUGACGGAUCUGAUACGUGGAGGAUCAACGCUUGAUCGUCAAUGGUAUGUCAUGUUCACAAUGUGUGGACUAUCUUCGUCAGCUAUCAAUCCUAUAAUCUAUGGUGUCAUGAAUAGAACAUUCCGUAGAGCUUAUAAGAAUCUUUUUYUGUGCCGUAAGGCUGAGAGGCGACGGAGUAUUCGUCCGACAAGUUUUGGAGRAGAAAGCAAGAAAGUGUUUGUAGUUGGGAAGGAUUCGCUUGAUGGAAUCAGUAAGAGAUAUCCCAAAAACAAUGAAACGUGUAGUUCAAAGAGUGAUGAGCUUGAUAGGAUAGAAAAUAAUGAAGUUUGAGAAUUGGAGAAUAAAACAAAAUUACAAUAGUGUGAAUUGAAAAAAAGUGAAAUGAGAGACUGAAAUAAAUGAAAAGUUGAAUAAACUUCAAAUGGUGAAAAGUGGAUGUUUACAUUUCAGCUGUAUAGAGACAGGAAGACUAGCAAGAACAACAAACUCCUAGAAUACAAAUUGCAACCAAGUCGAGGAAUAAAACAAAGACUCGACUCCUUUAUCUAAAGAACAAACUAAAAAAAUUGAAAGGGAAUGAUAUGUUGACAAGAAAAGCAGCUGACAUGAAAUGAAAGUGUCUUUUAACAGAUUUGUCUGCUAUAUAUGUACU